CUCAAGUCUUUUGAUGUCUUUAGUCAUGAAUAAGUGCGUAUAAAGAUAUACAAUUGAAGGGAAGGAUAUUAUCUUGUAGUUCGACUCAAUUCAUAAUAUUUGUGAUACCUUGAUUAUCUAGGCUGGUUGUACGAUAUAAAUUCUCGGAGAGGGCAGCAUAUCACUGCCUAUCUUCUUCGGAUUCCAUCUCGGAGGUGGCCGGCCUUACCCCCCCACCUCUUUUGAGCAAAAGUUGCCACUGAAUCUAGCGAUAUCGUCUAGUACUAUAAAAAAAAUCGAAUUUGGCUUAUAAGAUCCAAGUAGUGCCUAUCUAUACGUCUUUUGAUCAAAGUAUCAAUGGAGACAGCAGCAGUAAAGAGUGAGGGUCUUGUCAUCCCGCUAAUCGACUUCUCGCAAUUUCUCAAUGGAACUCCUGAACAGAGAAAGGAAACUGCGAAUUCCAUUCUCCAUGGUUUCCAAUCGGCGGGAUUCAUCUAUUUGAAGGGCUUUCCUAUCACAUCCGCGUACCGGAAGCAUGUAUUCGAGACGUCAGCUAAAUAUUUCAGGCUUCCAGUCGAGACUAAGAUGUCUCAAUGCUGGACUACACCUGAAGCAAAUAGGGGAUAUUCUGCCCCAGGUCGAGAAAAGACUACCACGUUGACCGAUAUUGAAGAGGUCAAGGAAUUGAGGGAUGCUGUACCCGACUUGAAAGAGAGUCUCGAAAUUGGUCGCGAAGGCGAACCCGGUCUCCCAAACCACUGGCCCGAUGAGGAGGGGGAGCUAGUAGGUUUCAAAGAGACCAUGCUUGGCUUCCAUAAUAAAUGCAAAGAGCUGCAUGUUGAAGUCAUGCGCGCCAUCGCCGUCGGUAUGGGUCUCGAUGAGACGUGGUUUGAUGGCUACACGGACGUUGGAGAUAACACGAUUCGCUUGCUUCAUUAUCCCGAGGUCAAAAAGAACGUCUUCACCAUCAACCCAGGCCAAGUUCGCGCUGGUGCUCAUAGCGACUAUGGCUCCAUCACUUUGCUUUUCCAGGAUGCUCGGGGUGGUUUGCAGGUUCAGAGUCCUACUGGAGUCUUCGUUGAUGCGAGACCCAUUGAAGAUACGUGUGUGGUAAAUGCUGGUGAUUUGUUGGCGAGGUGGAGUAAUGAUAAGAUCAAGAGCACUAUCCAUCGCGUUGUGGAGCCACCAGCCGGAGAUGGAGAUGUUUACCCAGCAAGAUACAGCAUCGCAUACUUCUGCAACCCCAAUUUCAAGAGCUAUAUCGAAGCCAUCCCUGGUACUUACGCGACGGAGAAGGAAAGAAAAUACGAGGGAAUCAACAGUGGCCAAUACCUUGUCCAGAGACUCACUGCUACUUACUAGAAAACACGAAUCGGGAAAUCCGAGGACACGAUAUGUCUUGCGAAUACGUUAUGGUGGUGUGAAAUAGUACCCAAUUUGGCGAUCAACAACGUUCGAUGUCGUGGAGAUUCCAUAUUGGGUCGUUGGAUAUUUCUUGAAUUGGAUUCGUAGUGUGUUUUAUGCAAGUUUGAAACUGAACGAACCAACACAAGUCGUGGAGUUUUCCUUCAACGUCGUGAUCGUAUAGGUACUUAAACACUAUAAAAUCCCGGACUAAAUUUACCUAAACGCCAUAAUGCACGACAAAAGGAGCGUGAUUAGGGGAUUUUCUUAGUGGAGUUACCCGCCCGAAUAAACGUCAUUUUAGAAGGAAUAAGGAGUAA